AUGCCUAUACAGUCCAUUGAUACCCCAAUGAACCUGGAAAAAAUAAAUCCGAGAGCCGAUUACCUACGAAGAAAAUCAACGGGCAACUCAACUAUCCAAACCAAACCUCAAAGAAGAUCAUUAACGGGUAAAGCGAGCAUCAAAACCUACGAACCAAAUUCAACUCCUCAAACCUACCUCGAAGCCUUAACGGGCUCGUGUCACGAUUUUUGCAAGUAUGGAAUAAAACGCGCUUUGCCGGUCAAGCCAUGGCGCCCGGUGGGUCGAAAGCUGGACAAAAAUGAAAAUUUCUUGCCAUUAAAGAUAUCAUCUGAAGAUCAAAGAGGAAAGAGGAUUUCAACAUCUCCAAGAAAACAACAACCAACUGUUUUGGUAAAACCGGAACCUCGAAAAAUAGAUGCAUUUGGUAAACAACCGAAAAAACCGUUUCUAAAAAGUGCAAGCAACGCACGAAAUGACAAGAAAAGUAGUUUCUCACAUGCAAGUGGUUCGGUUUCACCAACAAAUAUCAUAAAUAACAAGAGCUUCCGGAAGAAAACAACCAAAAACGGUGCUGAAAAAACCGAGAGAGAGAAAACCAGAGUUGAAGAUGUUCCGGAGAAGAUCAUACAUGUGAUCGAAUUCAAGCCAGAAGAUGAAGACCAUUAUAAGGACAGUGCCCAAGAAAGCAACAAUUACAUAACAUUUACUAAUUUGACCACAAAUCAGAACCUGACAUUUACACUCAUAGAAGAAAACCAAAAAAUGGCUACAAGGGGUUCAAGAGUUACCAUUCCCAAAGUUGAAGAAAAGGAUAUGGCACCCAAAAGGAUGAAAUUUAGGAAAGGAAAAGUUGUUGAGAUCGAAAACGGGAAAAGCGUUUCUACUAACAGAAGCCUUAGGAAGCUAACGUCCGAAGAUAAGUUUGUUAAUGAGAAAAAUGACAAAAAAAUUGUUCUUAGGCAUCGGGCCAUGGAACCAAAAGACGCGAAUUUGGUUUUGACAAACAUCAUGAUUGAAGAGACGGCGAGUAAAUUGGUCAAGAGAAAGAUGAGUAAGGUGAAAGCUUUGGUUGGCGCUUUUGAAAGUGUCAUCAAUAUUCAAGAUUCUUGA